UCUUCGGGUGAGGACGAAAACAUGGCGGCUACCUUACGCCUGGGUCGACAAGGAGUAAUAUUUGGCUGCAAACUGUCAAACAUCAGUAAGUUUCUUUGGACGACACAUCCUCUGCAAGAGCAGUCCAGGACGUUUUUUCAGUCGCCAUGGUUACUCGGGGUCGCCCCAGUCAAAGUACAAAUGCCAGCCCUCUCCCCAACCAUGGAGGAAGGAAACAUAGUCAAAUGGCUAAAGAAGGAAGGUGAGGAAGUGGCAGCAGGGGAUGCGCUCUGUGAAAUUGAGACUGAUAAGGCCGUUGUUACCAUGGAGUCCAACGAUGAUGGUAUUUUGGCCAAGAUUUUGAUGGAGGAGGGCAGUCGAAAUGUUCCCCUUGGAACUCUCAUUGCAGUCAUGGUAGAAGAAGGGCAGGACUGGAAGCAGGUUGAGAUCCCACCUCCAGAAGCCAGUACUCCAACAGCUACUGCCCCUAAACCUGCUGCAGCUCCAGCUGUGACCCCAGUUUCUGUGGCCCCUGCACCGAAACCUGCCACCUCUGGGCCCCUGAGACUCAGCCCAGCAGCUAGACAUAUCCUGGACACUCAUGGUUUGGACCCAAAAUCUGCCACACCCACCGGACCAAGAGGACUUAUUACUAAAGAAGAUGCCUUGAAUCUUUUGAAGACGUCUCCGGUCCCCAAAGCAGCACCAGCCGCCGUCGCGGGUACGACGCCUCCGACGCCUCCGACAGCUGUAGUUAGCGCUCCACCCCCACCUGGCAGCAGACCAAAUAUUCCUCCUCUAUCUGUCCCAGGAAAGCCCGGCGCACCAGGCACCUUUACAGAGCUCCCUGCCUCGAAUGUUCGUCGUGUGAUCGCUGAAAGACUAACACAGUCCAAAACCACCAUCCCCCAUGCUUACGCAUCUGUUGACUGUGACAUGGCUGCUGUCAUGCAGCUCCGCAAAGACUUAGCCAAAGAACAAAUUAAAGUUUCCGUCAAUGACUUCAUUAUCAAGGCAGCUGCCGUCGCACUGAAAGAAAUCCCCGAAGUUAAUGUCACUUGGAGUGAGGAUGGACCUCGUGCACUUGAUUCAAUACACAUCGCCAUCGCCGUGGCAACGGAGAGAGGGCUGAUAACCCCCAUUAUCAAGGAUGCAGCAAACAAGGGAGUUCAGGAAAUCUCAUCUAAUGCGAAGGCUCUGGCCCAGAAGGCUCGUGAUGGGAAGCUUUUGCCCGAGGAAUACCAGGGCGGCUCAUUCAGUAUAUCCAACCUGGGAAUGUUCGGCAUCAGCGGUUUCAGCGCAGUGAUCAAUCCUCCGCAGGCCUGCAUCCUGGCCGUCGGAACAUCGAGAACAGAGCUGACUCUGUCUGAGGAUGAAGAAAGCCUGCGCACCCAGCAGCUGAUGACUGUUACGCUGUCGAGUGACGGGCGGCUGGUGGACGAUGAGCUGGCCUCGCGGUUCCUCCAUCAGUUCCGCGCCAACCUGGAGAAGCCGCAGCGCAUGGUCGUCGCCUGAAGAGAGGGAACUAAAAUAAUGAGGAACGCUAAGCAAGCUCCAAUAUGGGGCAAGUGGGGGCGCUCUUUCAAGAUUUUGAACUCCAGCUUGUCGUCUUCAACAUUAGCUGCAUCAAGCAGGUUGCUCAUGAUCCAUGUCUGCAGGGUUCGCACUCUCACUCCUCCUUGAUCACACGAUCAACAAGUGUUAAACAUUUGUCAUAUUUAUUACUGAGCAUCCGAUCGGGCUUGAGUUUAUGUCAAAAGUGCAAAUUCAGUUACACAUUUUUCCCCGUCAUCAUAAUUUAACUUAUUCAACAAACAAAUCAUAUUAUUACACUUUCAUUACCCACAUUUUUGUGACUUCAGACGCUAAUAAAACCGUAACCCGCGA